UAAUCUUGAUUAUUGUGGAUAGCGCAGUUUGGUCGCUAAGCAGUAUACAGCAAAAAUGGGUUUGUUUCAUAGCUGUAUGAGAAUAAAUAAAAUAGGCAUCAUCUCAGAUGAGGAGGAAGCAGCAUACAAACAGAUAGAGAAGGUGAACUCCGAAGAUGUGAAAGAGGAGGUUUACACUCCGACCCUCUUGGAUGCCAUGUUUUGUGUGACACCGAAUGAGGCCCAUGGUGACAACGCCAAUGGUUCUAGUGCAUAUGAUUGUAGACAACCAGAUGACUCUAGAUCAGAUGUUACUCAAAAGAGUGAGAUGAUGCAGCCCACCUACGAGUCGAGUGUUCCAAAACUACCUCCAAUCAAUGGAAACAUCACUAGAAUCUUGAUUCUUCCAAUUGAUAACGAGGCCGCCUACCAGGAAUGGAAAGAAAAAAUUCACAAAGCUCUUCGGGAGAACGGUCUGUUGAAAGAAGACAGAUUGGCGGAAAGAAGAAGAAAACUGAUCGAGCGAGGCAAACUGAAAAAGUGAAACAGAGACAGAUACACAAUGCACUGAGCAGCAUGGUAGUGAACAAUGUACAGAAGCCGUCUUUAAAAAUGACAAUGACUUACUAUUUAUUUAUCCGCGUGCCUUUAUCUCUAACUGAUUUUUCAUGAAUUCAUUUCUUCAUUUUUUAUCUGUGAAUAGAAGGGAGUACCAUAGUUUGCCUUAUUAUACUAUUGAAUUAUUUUUUCUCCUUUGACCAUAUGCUUGACUUGCAUUGGAACUUCCCAGGUUAUGGACCUCUCCGACAAAACAGAGGCUCAUUUUCUGACCAAAUUAACCUUUUCAAAAUUAUUUUUGGGUUUCCUUUUCUGGUAAAACAAGCGAGGAAGAUCACUUUGACGAAUUGCCAGAUUAAAAUGACUUCUCAACUUUCAGAACUUUUGGCUUGCCAGGAAUAUCAGUCUAUUAUGUAAACAGAAGGAAUGGAUUAAUACCCUAUUAAAAAUUUAUCAUACUAUAAUAUCUAUAUCCAUUUAAUAAAGUUUCAUUAAUCUUGUUCUGUCUUGUUUAAUUUAAAUAUUUCGAAAUAAUAAACAUCAAUAUCAGACUAUCUUCUUUUUUCUGUCGUCUUCG